CUCAUACACACCACGUUAACUACAUCACAAUUGCAAUCUCUCUCUCCCUUUCUAUUGCCUUUCUAUAUAUAGAAACUAGGUGCUAAUGGCUAAAUUAAGCUUCUCGUUGUGCUUCUUGUUGUUUAUUUUGCUAGCCUCAGUUGCCACCGGAAGCCGCCCUCUCAAGGAGACUCCCGUCGGGGUGAAGGUAAGAACUUUAAGCACUUCUAAUGAGUCUACGAGCCAAAAUUUAGCAGAUGGUCAAGUUACAGGGGGCAAUGGCAGCCAGGGAAAAUCUCCUGAGCGGCUAAGUCCAGGAGGAUCCGACCCGCAACAUCAUUAGGGUUUCCUUUAUAAUUGAGAAUUGUUCUCAAUUUCUUCGAGAUGUGUAUUUCUUAUAAUUAUCAAUAAUUUGAUUGCAAUGAAUCUGUUUUUCUCUUUUGUGAUAAAAAUUAUGAAUACACAUUUGUAAGAUUAUUACAAAG